CAGCUGCUGGGAGUCAGGGACAGUGAAACAAGGGGGUUAGGGAUGGGACUUAUGAAAUGCUUCGCUAGAAUCCGACAGACUGUGAUUUGUCCGUUGCACUCCCCCACCGAAUGCAUUCCAGGGAUUGCUCAAUCCUUCACUGUUCUUCUUACGCUAAAAUUUCUAACUUAGAAGCGGCGCCAAACAGAACAGAACAACUCUUGGAAAGACGAGUGACAUCCGCAAUAUCAUCAAAGGCGUCAGGGGUAAAAGCUGAAUGUUCGACGGACCGACUGGAGAAAGAAAACAGCAAAGAGAUUGAGGCAACAACCAGGCAAGAGAUUGUAAAGCCCAAAGGUAAAGAGCAAUCCACAACAGAAGAAACUAAACAGGAAAUGUGCAUUGCUAAAAGAGAAUCACAUUACAUGAAAGCAAUUGAGGCGUCAAAACGUUCUGUACUCCUUCUUUUUCAAACGCAAUUCGCAUACACACUACCGAACAUUACUCAACUCCGCACUCACUUUGCUCAUACGUUCAGUCGCCGCAGUCAACGGAUCUGACUUCUCCACAUUCAUCUCCUCACUCGACGCCACAGCCUCACACCACAGCCUCCCCGAAGCGCACACAACUCCGCGCUCAACGCGGCUUCCGAUACACACACUGGUGCACAAUCCACACGUAGCUCCUCCCGUAAAUCACACACCAGCGACUCAAUCUCAAGUAAACCCGACAUAGCAGAUCCACAUUUCUCCAGCACAUCAUGGCUUCCCACCAUCGGCGAAGGCAAUGGCAACAGAUUAUCAGCAGCAGCCAAUUCGUCCACAAACCAGAGGGACUCCCUCAUGCAAAACAUUCACAGCGAAGCCAACGCGAGUACUAGCAUCAUCUGCAACGCCCAAUGCAGACGCUUUCAUCCCAAUACCCAUUGCCGAUUCAUCCUUCGCAGCACAACACAAGCCAGCCACCAACCCACUCUCAGUCAUUUACGCGCCCACUCACACGCCUCUCUCAGGUGAAGGUACUCCAAUCGAAGACUAGUCAACUCAUCCUGCAACCGACAUAUCGCAUCCGCCUCCUCCAACAAUGUCGACUUCGGUUCACACACAUCCGCCAUGUCAAGCCCCACACUCGCGUCACGUGCUGCAACACCAACAACCGUUCCAUGGUUAAUACUACCAUCCACCACUCGCUCCUUAUCCGCUUGAUUGCUCACAUGUUUCACGUACCUUGAGGACGGGGCCAAAUCAUGCACACCAACCAAUGACACAUCCGGUCUCGCAUCCAAAUCCGAACAAACACCACCAGGUAAUCUCAUCAAUGUCGAUGAUGAACAUGGGACCGACUCGCACACCACGCUCCUAGAAAGAUACACCUCAGCCGACACUUAUGCACGUUCUGUCGACGCUAUGUCCACUCGCCUACUGGACCGAAUCAAUCCAACUACACCCCAUGCACCAUCACGAACACUAACCUCAAUGCAAGACCGUAACUUCUCACACUCCGCUCAAGCAGCCGCAAUCUCCACACGCAAACCCUCAUUUCGCAAUGGGAGUGCUGUUUCAAAAUGAUCAUGGACCAAACAUCUAGAAUGAUGUGCUUCUCGUGUAGACUUUUCGGUUUUGAAUACGAUAAAAGCGCU